UCAAAAUGGUGGAAAAAGAAAGAACGAUGAAAAGCAAUAAAAUGCAAUUGAAUUUGAGUCCGGUGAAAAGAAAGUGAAUAUUUUAAUGGUGACGCCGUUAAACUCUCCAUCCCCACCCACCCACAUCUCGAUUCAUUCAGGGUAGCAGCCAUGGCGACCCACCUCCUCCUCCUCCUGGUUAUGAUCUCUUUCGCCGCCGGAGACGACGGCGAUGCAAUGUCGGAACUCAUGAGCUCCCUCUCCCCAAGCCCACCAGGAUGGUCACCUUCGAAAUCGUACUGCCAAUGGCAAGGCAUCAACUGUGAUGACUCCAAACAACAUGUCACUGCCAUUAACAUGCCCUCUAAAUCUCUCUCCGGCUCUUUACCCUCCCAACUCUCGUCUCUCUCCCAGCUCAAAACCCUAGCUCUUCAGAAUAACAAUCUCUCUGGAUCUCUCCCGUCUCUUGCAAAUCUCUCUUCUCUUGAACAGGUUUUUCUCGGUGACAAUGCUUUCUCUUCCAUUCCCCCAGAUUUCUUUGUGGGUCUCUCUAGUUUGCAGUCUUUUAGUAUUAGUGAGAACAAUAAGCUUUCUUCUUGGGUAUUGCCAGACUCUCUCAAAGAUUGUGUUAGUUUGGUUAAUCUUAGUGCUAGUAAUGCUAGCAUUGUUGGCCCCAUUCCUGAUUUCUUUGAUUCUUUUCCCAGUUUGCAGAAUCUUAGAUUGUCUUAUAAUAAUUUAAGUGGCCCGUUACCUAAAUCGUUUGGGGGUUCUGAGAUUCAGAAUCUUUGGUUGAAUAAUCAGUUGAUGGGUUUGUCGGGUACCAUUGAUGUCUUGUCGAACAUGUCUCAGCUUUCGCAAGUCUGGCUUCAAGAGAAUAGGUUUACCGGUCAGCUCCCCGAUCUUACCAAGUGUGACAGUUUGUUUGAUUUGCAACUUAGGGAUAAUCAGCUUAGUGGGCUUGUUCCCCAUUCGUUGACUCAGCUUCCCAAUUUGGCUAACAUCUCUUUGCAGAAUAAUAAGUUGCAGGGUGAGCUGCCUGUAUUUAAGAAAGGUGUUCAGAGUUCGCUUGGUACAGAAACCAAUAGUUUUUGUAGAGAUACACAGGGGCCUUGUGAUCCUCAGGUUAAUGUACUUCUUUCUGUUGCUGGGGCAAUGGGGUAUCCGGGUAGUUUGGCGGAGUCUUGGAAAGGUAAUGACGCGUGUGCAAAAUGGACAUUUAUUACUUGUGAUACGCAGGGAAAGAAUGUCACGACUGUUAAUUUUGCCAAGCAGCAUUUUGGAGGUACAAUUUCCCCAGAUUUUGCUAAUCUUACUUCAUUACGAACUUUGUUGUUGAGCGAUGAUGAUCUUAAAGGUUCUAUACCCCAGAGCUUGACAACGUUGCCUGACCUCCAACUACUUGAUGUGUCCAAUAAUAAUUUAAGUGGGCCGAUACCAGUUUUCCGACCUGGUUUCAAGUUAGUGACAAUAGGCAAUCCUUUACUUGGAAAAAAUAUAAGUGAUGGCGGUAGUGGGGAUAAACCUGGGUCAGGACCAAAUUCCACUCCAAAUGAAGAUUCGCCUGGGGGAUCCAAGGGGGUUUCAGGAGGUAUUAUUGCUGGUGUUGUUAUUGCUGUUCUAGUUUUUGUUGUAGUUGUGUUAUUUGUCUCUUACAAGUGUUAUGCUAAAAAACAUCAUCAAAGAUUUGGGAGAGUCACAAGGCCUGAUGAUGGGAAAGAUUUGUUUAGUGACAAUGUGGCAGGUGGUAUGAAUGGUAUUGGUGGAGUGAGUGAAUUGCAAAGCCAGAGUAGUGGUGAUCAUAGUGAGAUGCCUGUUUUUGAAGGUGGGAGUAGCAUUGUGAUUUCUGUCCAGGUACUUAGACAGGUAACUGACAAUUUUAGUGAAAAAAAUAUAUUAGGUAGAGGUGGAUUUGGUGUUGUUUACAAGGGGGAACUGCAUGAUGGCACUAAGAUUGCCGUGAAGAGGAUGGAAUCUGGGGUGAUGGGCACGAAAGGACUAAAUGAGUUCCAAGCAGAAAUUGCUGUCCUUACUAAAGUUAGGCACAGACACUUGGUUGCUCUUUUGGGAUAUUGUAUCAAUGGAAAUGAGAGACUUUUGGUAUAUGAGUACAUGCCACAAGGAACUUUAAGCCAGCAUUUGUUUGAGUACGAGGAACUUGGGUACCCUCCACUUUCAUGGAAGCAAAGAGUCACAAUUGCAUUGGAUGUGGCCAGAGGGGUGGAGUACCUACAUAGCUUGGCACAACAAAGUUUCAUCCAUCGAGAUCUAAAGCCUUCCAACAUACUCCUAGGAGAUGACAUGAGGGCAAAGGUUGCAGAUUUUGGUUUGGUCAAAAAUGCACCUGAUGGUAAAUAUUCUGUUGAAACGCGGUUGGCUGGAACCUUUGGGUAUCUUGCACCAGAAUAUGCUGCUACUGGCAGAGUAACUACUAAAGUGGAUAUCUAUGCUUAUGGUGUGGUUUUGAUGGAGAUAAUUACCGGCAGAAAAGCUCUAGAUGAGAGUUUACCAGAAGAGAUUUCACAUUUGGUUGCAUGGUUCCGGAGAGUCUUGAUCAAUAAGGAUAACAUACGAAAGGCAAUUGAUCAAGUUCUUGAUCCUGAUGAAGAGACAUUUGACAGUAUUUCUAAGGUGGCUGAGUUGGCAGGACAUUGCACAGCUCGUGAUCCAUUACAGAGACCAGAUAUGGGCCAUGCAGUUAAUGUGUUGGGUCCUCUUGUAGAACAAUGGAAACCUUCUCAUCGAGAGGAAGAAGAAAGUUAUGGUGUUGAUCUCCAUAUGAGCCUUCCCCAAGCUCUUCAAAGAUGGCAAGAUGAAGGUUCUUCCACGAUGUCAUUUAGCCAAACUCAGUCAAGCAUCCCAUCAAAGCCUUCGGGAUUUGCAGACACUUUUGAUUCAACGGAUUGUAGAUAACAUAAAAGGAAAAAGAGUAUUUUGAAUUUCGAUCAGAAAUCAAAUUGUGAGCACUGAGCAGAGAACGGGCAAGGAAGAAGACAAAUUGAAAGACAUAUUCCUCAUUAUCAGAUCAUUAUAUUUGUCAAUUUUUGUUCCACUUAUGGAGAUGGCUAUUGAUAUGGGUGUUUUUGAUGGUUACUGUUAUGGGUUUUCUAAGAUAAUUUGUCGUAGCUUAAGCGGAGACAAGAAUGGCAGAAUAUUUCCGCACCCUUUUACUGUCCUCAUCAAAGAUGCAUGUAUAUACCUCUUGUAACAUUCGGGAACUUUGUUUUAAUCUAUGUUUGCAAAAAUAAGUAUGCACUUGUGAGGUCUAUUGAAGACGAUCUUGGUACCGCCAUUCGAAUGUCAGGUGUAACCAAGAAAAGUUGCAAAAUCAGAGCAUUACGGGCAAUGUUUUUUGUGCGAGGAAGGUAGGAAGAGGUCAGUGGAUGAGGUUCCAGCUAUUUAACAAAUUGUUCUGCUAUAAAUUUCAGUUUUUGGCUCCUUUUACUUUUCUGUUUUACUGGAUUUGCAGAUUUACAAUAGAACUAAAAGGAGUUGUCUGUUUAAUUCAGAAGUAGUUCUUUGUAUUUUGAAAACCUAUACUGUAUAAUACAACCUUCGGUUUGCAGAUUAAAGACUAUGAUGCUUAGUGAA